AGGACCGGGAGACCUUGUCAAAGCGGAUAGAAGUUAAUCUUUAUCCCGAAUUUAUUUUUUCUUGUCGCGUCCGCUCACUGUGCGCCGCGUAAACAGUGGCUAGCUGGAACUGGCCAGGCCAUGGAAGUGUUUCCGAGUGCGCGUCGCCAACCUUUAACGUCCCAGUGUUAAAUUAUAAUUCAAAACAGCCAUGGAAAUCGUAGACGUUGAAGAAUGCCAGCCGGACCCGUCGGUCACGACGAGAAAGAGAAGUUUGUGGGCUAAAAUUAACAACAGGACAACGUACAGCUACUUGUUUAACAUAGUGAUUUCGAUAUUGUUGUUAACGUGUUUAGUGUUAAUAUUGUAUUUCUUUAAGGAGUAUUUAUACGCGAUAUUAGUGUGGGUGGACGAGCAGGACCCUUGGAUAAUAUUCCUGUUGUUUAUGGGAUUGUUCUUGAUAGUGAGUUUCCCAGUGACUAUAGGGUACUUGGUGUUGAUAAUAACGAGCGGAUACCUGUUCGGGAUACUGAAGGGUCUGGGGACGGUGCUAGUGAGUGCGAACUUCGGGGUGGCGGUGGCGCACUUCACGCUGAAGGCGCUGCGCGGGUUCCUGCCGCUGGACCGUCUGCUGAAGAACGAGACGGCGCGCGCGCUGCUCAAGGUCAUCUCGGGCCCGCAGGCCUUCAAGAUCGUCUUCUUUGCGCGCCUCACGCCCAUACCCUUUGGCCUGCAGAACACUAUAUUCGCUGUGAGCGACAUCCGCGGCUGCGGCUACCACCUGGCUACCAUGCUCGGGCUGUUCCCCGCGCAGCUGAUCAACGUGUACCUCGGCUCCACGCUGCGCUCCAUGCACGACGUGCUGCACGAGUCGCACGCCACUGGCUACGUGGUGUUCGCGUGCCAGGUGUGUAUGUAGCGGGGCUGCUCCCCGCCCAGCGGAUCAACGUGUACCUCGGCUCCACGCUGCGCUCCAUGCACGACGUGUUGCACGAGUCGCACGCCACUGGCUACGUGGUGUUCGCGUGCCAGGUGUGUAUGUAGCGGGGCUGCUCCCCUCCCAGCGGAUCAACGUGUACCUCGGCUCCACGCUGCGCUCCAUGCACGACGUGUUGCACGAGUCGCACGCCACGGGCUACGUGGUGUUCGCGUGCCAGGUGUGUAUGUAGCGGGGCUGCUCCCCGCCCAGCGGAUCAACGUGUACCUCGGCUCCACGCUGCGCUCCAUGCACGACGUGCUGCACGAGUCGCACGCCACGGGCUACGUGGUGUUCGCGUGCCAGAUCUUAAUCGGCAUCACGCUGAUGGUAUGGGUGGUGCAGAAGGCGCGCAAGGAGCUCACGCUCGCCAUCAUGGCGGCCGAGCUGGGCAGGGAGACGCCUUCCACCAGCAGCUCCAGCUAGCCCACGGCGCCCGAGGACAGCCCCGCCAGCUAGCCACACAGCGUGGCCAACGGGCCAGCGGACAGUAACCCACGGAACGGAGGGGCGAGUAGUGUCUAUGAGUCCACGGCGCCAGAGGACACCGUGGCCAGUACUGACAGCUAGCCAGAGAGUAUGGCCGCUCCGGCCCAUUAGAGAGUAAUAGGGCCAGUUAGCCAGCGGGGAUGGAAUGGCUAGUGAUGUCUGCUUGUCCACAGACCUGGUCAUAAGUGGGCCACCAGACAGUGAAGUAGAUCAGCCUCCAGGUGACAGUGUAGCUAGAGAGAAGCUGGUCUAUAGGCUUGGAUAUAAGUAGGGAGCGCACUUGCGUGCGACCUGUGAUAUUAGACUAAGUAAGUAGGUACCAUUGAGAUCCUUAGAUGGUCUCUUGCAUUGUCAACGUGGCCUUCACGUUGUAACAAUAUCUUUAUACAGUUAGAACGUGAAGCAUGAGUAGCAUGACGAUAAAAGUGCAACCAUGAGUAUACAGGACGAUAACGAAGGUGGAAAAGAGAUGGACAAAUGGACAAUAUGCGAUAGAUCGCAGUGGUGACGUGUGACCUCUGAGAAAAAUGCUCAUAUUCGACUUAUUCUUAGUACUCUUAGAACUUAUAUUGGUCGUUUAAACUGUGUAACGUAUAAAGAUAAAAAUUUCAUGAUAUUUUCUAAAAUGACUUAUGAGAACUGCCAGUGAUCUCUUUUGAUAAACUAAAAAUCAGUGCUUGUCAAAUACAGUCGCCAUGUUAGAAUUACACCUAUACUAUAAGCAUCACUCACACUAUCAAGCAAUGGGGCGAAAUUUUACCAAUUUACGAAGGGUUUUUUUAUCUUAAUAAUAUUAAUCUAUUUCUAGUUGUUUUUUUUGCGUUUGCGUUUGCGCAAACGAAAAUAUAUAUACUACCCAAACAUUACAGAUUCUAGUGAAGGAAAACUAUAUAAUAGGAGUUAGAUGCUUAGAAAGUUUGUUUAAAAUUCGCGCAAGAAGAAUUAACCACCUUAAUCUUUCUUAGGAACAUUUUGAUUGCAGUUUAAGAGUAGGUAGCGCUACCAAAUCUUGUAAGAUAAAACCUGCAGAAAGUACCCUGAACUCGUCCACCCGUUUAACUGAAAAGUCGUAAAUCUUGUUGAUAAGACAAGGUCUAGUGAUGAUCGUUGAACCCUUCAGACGUCAAGUGACGUGCACCGUGCACGGGCACAGCCCAAUAUGAACCUUCGUGCAUGCCGACAAGGUUCACGAGGAGCGACAGGCGCGACGUUCACAGGGUUAAGAGUAUUGCUGUUGCUAGUACUCACUCAGGGUUUUUGUUUUUUCGUAGGAACUGUGAAGCCCACGCAAAGUUUUCCUGGUAAACAGUUUUAAACCGUAAUGCAACAAUAACUAUUGAUGAUAUGUCAUCUCAUCUUGAUUUAAUUAUACAUGUUCCUGAGUAAUAAUAGAUAGGUAGAACACAAUUCUUCGGAAAGUAAACAUCAGUGAGACAUCAUUGGACAUGCCACUGCUCUAUUUCCGAGUCAAUACAAUGUGUAGACCGUAGGCAUUCACUUUGUAGUGGACAUGUUUAAUGUAUCGGAUAAAAAUGCGUCCUAUCGGCAUUCUGCUGGCGGCUCUCCAAGAUGCCACCGCGGCAGACCGAGCACCGAUCUUAAUGCUUGCUCUGCACCGCACGCGGGGCUCAAUCGAUUGAAUGGAGCGUUCGGUGCAAUGGGGAAGGAGAAAGCUAAUGGUAGAUGCUCUUCAAAGUUCCAUGGGUGGAUAAACUAUUUCUUGUUAUUUUAUCCCGUGGAUCAGGACACAACAGUGGGACAAUAACACUUUUGUUUGAAGUCCGCCUUUUGUACUUGUUCUUGUGCAAUAAAGUUUAAAAUAAAUAAAUAAAUAAACAGUGGGACAAUAACACGUUUUAUUAAACUACUUAGUAGUUAUUUCGGAAAAACGUUGACUCUAUUACGAAAAAAAAAAUUAAUAUUACUUCCCGUCAUAUAAAUGUUGCUUGUUGUGUGGCGGCUUAUUUUUAUUAUCGGACAUUUUGCAGAGAAACGAUGGAACCAUAUAGAUAAUAAGAUGUGCUCACACUGCAAUUUUUGACUUGAAAAACUUAUAUAAAUUGUAGCUAAAUCUAUAUAAAUCGUAGUUUUUCCAGUCAAGCAAGAUAUAUAUUAUGUGUAAAAUUUAAUAGAUACACAACUUAAUAUUUUUUUCAAAAAUAUUUUGUCCUGAAAGUAUUUUAAUAUACCUUUAACGGGUAGUUUUCUGAUAUUAUUGAAUGUUGCCAAAUUACGGCCGUAGGAGAAGAGAUUUCGCAUUUAACGUUUCAAGUUUACGUUGCGAUACGAGAUUUAUAGAAAAGGUUUUCAUUUCCUAUAAUUCCUACUACAAUAAUGGUCGUGUUAAGACUAACACCUGGUUUAGACACAAAACUACUGUCAAUUCUUUAACUAGAUCAAUAUAAACGGCAAAAAGAUAUGACCGUUAUAUUAGUUACUGUCAAGUUUAGUGCUAUUAGUUGAGCAGAUAUUUUUUCCCUUCUGGUAACAUUUGGCAUUUAUUCUUAUGAGCUGAGAUCGAGACUAAGUUACCGUUACUUAGUAACGGAUAUUUUAAAUAAUUAUUUAUUGAACUUAUUGUUAGUUUGUAAGCUCCUUCUAAUGUAUCCUAGCAUAAGUAGGUGUUUGUAAUACAAUUAACAAUUAAUAAUUCAAAUAUAAGUAACUUAGGAAACGCUAGGUAUUAGGUCCUACCUAUCCUUAUCGACAUUAUUUUGUCUUAAUAAUAACUUUAUAAAGUCAUAAUAUUGCUUUGGGUCAUAACAUAAUUAAUAAUUUAACUAGGUACUACUACAUAAAAAUGUCUCUUUUGAGAUUUUGGUAUCCGGGGCCGAAUUUUAAACUUGCAUACGCUAUACGCUAACGCGCUUUCUGUUCGAAGUUAUAAUUAGCUUUCAACCAAAAAAAAUCAAGGAAAAUUCGAUGUUUUUGGCAAAUAAUCAAACUCCUUGUUCUUCCUUUUAAAACGUUUAAGACUGAUUCGUUUCGUGUUUGCUUUAGUAGCUGUAUUUGCUUUGUAGUGCGGCGGUUUUUGGUCUAGAAGUCUUCUGGAAAUCGAUUUUCGCUCAUGUCGUCGCAGACAUGGACAUAUUUGGUAUCAGUGCAUUCAGUGUGAUGUCCUGAACACAAAUAUAUGAGAUGACAAGCGCGAAAGUGGUGGGAAAAAAAACAACCCCCAAACCCCCCUCCCUUCUUUCAUUAGCGGGCGCACUUUUCAAAAUUUAUAUAGCCUAUGACAAUUCUGACGAA